AUGUCAAUAAAAUUACCACUAUCAAAUAUUAAUAGUGGUGGUAAUAGUAAUAAUAGUAGUAGUAGUAAUAGUACUAGUAAUAAUAAUAUAAAUAUUAAUAUAGGUAAUGGUAUACCUACAAAUAUUGAGAAAAUGACAUUUGAAGAUUCAGAAACUCAAAAAUUAAAUAUCAAGCAACAAUCAAAUAAUAAUACAUCAACUUCAGUAUGUGUAUCAUCGAUUCAUUCCUCGUCACCAAUUUCAUCACCAACAUCACAUCAAGUUAAUAAAUCAUCAGGAUCAUUACCACCAGUAAUAAAAAGAUCACCAACAACAACUCAUCAUCAUAAUAGUAGUGGUAGUAAUAGCAGUAGUAGUAGCAGUGGUAGUAAUAAUAAUAAUAAUCAAAUUAAAACAAGUAAUGGAAUGAAUAAACCAAAUCCAACAGGAUUUUUAUUUGGGAGUAAACCAAGAGAAAAUUCACAAAAUAAAAUCGAUGAUAAUAAAGGUGUAAAUCUAGCAGUUAGUACAAGUAAUUCUUCAAAUAAUUUUCAUAAAUCGCAUUCUGAAAGUAAUAUUAUAAAUAUAAAUGCACCACCUGUAGAAACUGUAAAUAUGGAAGAAAUUUAUAAUAAUAUACCUUCUUCAAUUUCAAUGGAAAAUAUUAGAGAGAAUGAAAAUAAUAAUAAUAGUAGUAAUAACAAUAGUAAUAAUAAUAAUAAUAAUAAUAAUAAUAAUAAUAAUAGUAAUAAUAUUAAUAAUGUAAAUGGUAAUAAAAGUAGUUUAGCAUCAUCCACUUCAUCAAUAUCAUCUCUAUCAUCAGUUUCGACAUUAUCAACUUCUAAUGCUGCUACAAAUACAAAUACAAAUGCAAAUACAACAUCAACUACUAAAACUACAUCAACAGUAAGAUCAACAUCACCAACCCAAUUUAAACCAAGAGUUGAAUUUGAUGAAAAUAAUCCAAAUGCAAUUAUUUUAUCAAGACAAAGAUGUAAAUCCAUUUCAAGUCCAAGUGAUUUUAGGUUGAACCCACCAUCAAAUGUACAUAUGCCAACUAGUUCCUUAUCGACUUCAACUUCAACUACUAAUGUUAAUGGAUUAUUAUUACCAAAUGGUGUUGGUGGGGUUUCAAUGUCUUUCACCCCAUCAGGUUUACCAAUGACUCCACCAACAAAUUCUUCACAGGUUGAUACAUUACAAAUGUCAACUGAAAGUAUAACAAUUCAACCUUCCUCUUUAGACUCUUCCUCUGAAUCAGUUUCUGAUGGUUUACAAUCUGUUUCUGGUUCGCCUGUUACUGCUUCACCUUCACCAACUAUUUCAAAUAACACAAAUGCUACUACUACUAAUAAUAAUAAUAAUACUAAUACUAAUAAUAAUAAUAAUAAUAAUAAUAAUCAGCAUAAUCAUCACCAUCAUCAACAUAGUCAUAGUCAACAACAUGAUGUUUAUCAAAUUAAAAAAGAAAAUUUUCCAUCGUCACCAACUUCACCAACUUUAUUACCAUCAGAAACUCAUGAUUUCUCUUCUGAAUAUUCUAGUAAUCCAGGUGGUAAAUGUGCAAUUUGUAGAAAACCAUUGUGGAGUUUCCCAAUUAGUGAUAAGAGUAGACGUUGUAGAGAUUGUUCUUUAGUUGUACAUAGAGCAUGUGUUCCUUUAGCAACUGAAUGUCCAUCGGCAAAGAAAAGUCCUUCAAAAUUAUCGGUACCAAAUGGUAAUCAAUCGAAUUCAUCAUCAUCAUCCUCCUCUUCAUCAUCAUCCUCAUCAUCAUCAAACUCAUCAUCAUCUAAUACAAAAGGCCAUUCGCGUACACCAUCAUCACCAUCAGUUAGUAGUAUACCAGGAUUUCAAUUAACUUCAAAUGCGUCACAAAAUUUACAUGUAAAUUCUCAUACAUUAUCAUUAUUAGUAAAUGGUGCGACAAUUGAUUCAAAUCAUUAUAAGAGAAAUAAAAAAUCAUUAGAAGCUGGAGCAAGAGAUUUUCAUUUUAUAUUUCGUGGUUGUGGUAUACCUUUAGAUGAAUUCCCAUUGGAUUCAUAUGUAUGUGGUCUUUAUUCAUACUUUGCACAUGGUAGAUUAUAUUUAACAGAGAGUUAUGUUUGUUUUUAUGAUGGUUUCGUAUUCGAUAGAACUAAAGAACGUACAAAGAUAAUUAAAGUAUCAAAUAUUGCAUCCAUUGAAAAACGUUCAUCAGGUUUAAAUCCAAGUGCAAUUAAAAUCAAAACAUUUGAUGAUCAAUCAUUUAUAUUCACUCAUUUUAUGCAUAGAGAGGUAGCAUUUGAUGAUUUGGAAGGUUUAUUAAUUCAUCAAGAAAGUUUACAUUUUGCACAUAGUAUAGUUGCAAAUAAUUUCCCAGGUAUGAAUGAAGCAAUUAGAGGUCAAACAAAGAGAUUACUUUCAAGAGCACGUUUAGAUGGUCAUUAUCAAAUUCAUAGUAAAAUACGUUGUCCAAUGCCAAGUAAAGAGAUACUAUUAAUGAGUGCAAUUAAAAAUAAUAAUUUAGAUAUGGUUGUAACUUUAUUAAAUUAUUAUUGUCAAGUGAAUUCCGAUGAAAUUAAUUCCGUUGAUUCAAAAGGUUAUACACCAUUACAUAAUGCUGUAUUCUCUGAAUGUUCUGAUCAAAUUUUCAUGCAUUUAUUGAAUCAAAAGGAAGUACGUGUUAGAGAACGUAAUAUGGAUGGUAAUACACCACUUCAUUAUUUCUGUCAAAAAUUCAAAUCACCAGAAUGUCAGAGAAUAGUUCAAGCCAUGAUUGAAAAAGGUGCAAAUAUUAACGAACAAAAUUAUAAUGGUGAAACUCCAUUACAUAAAGCAAUCUUCAAUCAUUCAGUACGUUUAUUAAUGGUUUACAUUUUGUUAAAGAAUAAUGCCAAUGUAAACAUUGUCAACAAUGCUGGUGAAUCACCACUUCAUUAUGCAGUACGUUUAGGUAGAUUAGAUGUUGCAAAAAUGUUAUUAGCUGCUGGUGCUGAUCCAACAAUCAUUAGUUUAAGAGAUAGAAAAACCGCUUUAGCUUUAGCAGUUGAUUAUGAUGUUUGUCCUGAAAUCUCUGAUUUAUUACGUCGUUUAGAUACAAUCACAACAUCAUUGGAAAUGUAUGAAUUGGAAAAGUUUCAAGCAUCAUUGGUUGUUGAAGAACUUCAAAAAGAGAAUGUUGUAGCACGUUUAGAUGAAAAAUUAUUGGAUAAAAUAGGUUGUACUGAUAAAGAAGAACGUAGAAAAUUCUUAUCAUUAAAGAGUAAUCGUUUAUUAAUUCAUCAUCCAGCACGUACUCAAGGUGCUAAAAUCAUUUUAAAAGAAAUGGAAACUAUGGAUAUUAAAAAUGGUAAAUUAAUCAUUUCAGAAACUGAAUUGGAGUAUACAGAGAAAAUUGGUUCCGGUGCAUCUGGUAAAGUUUUCAAAGGAAUUUAUCGUGGUAGAGUAGUUGCAAUUAAAGUUUUAAAAUCUGCCGAUGAUGAAAUGACUCGUGAAGAUUUCUUAAAAGAAUUUGGUGUUUUGGCUUCAUUGGAAUCUCAUACUAUAGUUGGUUUAUAUGGUGUGGUUUUAGAACCAAAGAUUUGUUUAGUAAUGGAAUAUUGUUCAAACGGUAGUAUCUAUCAUUCCAUUAGAAAGAAUCCACCAUCUUGGGAGAGAUUCUUUUCUUUUGUUCAACAAAUGUUGGCUGGUAUUAAUGCACUUCAUCAAUCAACUCCUCAAGUUUUACAUAGAGAUAUUAAAACUCUAAAUUUCUUGGUAAAUCAUAACAAUAAGGUUAAAGUUGCCGAUUUUGGUUUAAGUCGUUUCAAUACAGAAUCAAAUCAAGAAACUUUAAAUAAAACAAGAGGUACUUCAGUAUAUUGUGCUCCAGAAGUUUUCGAAGGUAAAGAAUAUAAUGAACGUUCCGAUAUGUAUUCAAUGGGUAUUGUAAUGUGGGAGAUUGUCUAUUGUGUUGUUUAUGGUUGUUAUAUGAUACCAUAUCAAGAGUAUAAUAAAAUGUUUAAUGCUUUCCAAGUUGCCCUAUUGGUUAAUUCGUCAAAGAGAGUUUUAAGACCAACAAUCCCAAUUGGUGUACCACAAGUUUUAAAAGAUUUAAUCUAUUGUCUAUGGGAUCAUGACGUUUCUUCAAGACCAACCGCAACUGAAGCAAUGACCGCAUUGGCUGUAUGUGAAAAAGAAUAUAAACAAAAUAAAGCUCAAUGGGAAUUAGUAAUUACUAAAAAAGAACCAACUCCACUUCCACGUGUUGCUCCAUUACCUGCUUUCCCUGGUUAUCGCCAAUUCUAUGAACAAAAUCUUGAUAUUAAACCUAUACCUGAGGAGGAACAAAUUUAUCAAGAAGCAAUGGAAAAACAAAGAAGAAAUCAAGAAGCAAGUGCAAAUAGAAAUCAAAAAAAUAAAGAAUUAUUAAAUAAUAAUAAUUAA